AUGGACCAUUCACCACCAAACCCAGAAAUGUUACCCUAUAGACGUGACAUUGAUAUCUUGACACCAGCAUUUGAACAAGCGUGGAAUUCCACCAUUCACGAUACACCAAACAUCUCCGCUCAGGACUUGUUGAAGUUGGCACAAAACUUGAUCGAGAUGCAAUCCAGUGACAGAGAUCCGCCACAACCGGACGAAGCUAAGUCCCUUCUUUCCAGCCCCUUGGUUAGAACAAGGAUCACCGAAAAGUGUAAAGAUAAAACUACAUUAUCUAAAUCAGAAACGUGGGAAAUUUUAUGCCAACUACCGCAAGACAAAUCCGAAUCGGGAAUGGGCUAUUUAAAAGCAUGUCUGUCACAUGAAGAAAUAAUAAGCCGCCUGCCUGAGUCUUUACCGGAUAUAACUGGUGGAACUAUUUCCAAUGAUGAUCUAGAUGGAGAGGCUGAUUCAGAUGAAACUUCAUCGUUGAUGGAACUUCAAUAUAGAGAGCCCCUGCUGCCACUACAUCCACCUAUCUUAUCCACAUCACCUUAUGAUGACGUUGUUGGGCUAUGUUUAUUAGAAAGCCACUUGAACGAAAGCAAAGAUAUAGUCAUUGAUUUCAAAACUCAGCAAACGUUGCGCCAAGUUAUUAACGAAGUUGCCCAGCUUCAUUUACAAGUGGACAAGGCAUUCUCUCGUGUUGCAGAUAAAUUAGAUAAACUCGAGCUGAAUAGUCGCAGGGCACUACAAAGAUUAGAAAUAUUGCAUCAUGGGUCUGAUUUUAUGAACAGCCGAGUCAACCACAUGCAAACCGAAGUCAAAAUGAUCAAAGAGAGUGGCAAGUCAACCACGAAAGUGAAGCGUGUUGUUUCAUUCAGUGAUUCUUGUGAAGUUAUACCAAUGUCGGAUAAAUUACCACCAGUCAAGACAUUGAGUGGCUUGCUGCUACGUUCUGCACUACACCAACAGAGAGGUGCAUUUCAUAAUAGCCCAGUGGAGUUGUCUCCUAAAUUGCACCCGAAACGAUGUGGCGUGCCUAUUAGCAAUGCUCCUGCUCUCAAGGCCAACACUCUGGUAGUGACACCUACUGCUUUUGAUCUUGAUUCUGAUGAUGAUGCUCUGGAAGUACUCAUCAACGACGAUAUGGAACCUUAUAGAAUAUCAAGAGAGGGGUCAUGGCAGCAUUUGCCAACCCAAUACGCACACCCACACAGUCCCGCCAGUCCUUACUACGAGGAACAACAGGACUAUUCUUCACAAGAGGGAGAAACAUCGAUAACGCCUUCACAAACACCGGUGGACAAAACUGAUGACACUAUAGACGAACCGGUCAAGAUCCAAUACAUUUUACUUAUUCUUUUGCUUUAUUUCUACAACAAGUUGCAUAAUUUCUGCCGUUCCAAGCUUAGCUAA